AUGGGGAAUGCCGAGCGGAGGGAACCUAGACCCCGUUCAUCAGCGCAGUCAAAUAGUCAGGUGAUUGCUUUGACAGUAAAGGUGGCCGAGCUGCAGGGUCAGAUGUCAGUGACUCUGCAGUCCCUUGCGCAGUCCGGCAUUCCAGUCCCGCAAUUUGAUGCGUUGACCUCCGAGCCUGUCCACCCCGAGCAUGCCCACCAAACCACUACCCCUGUGGACGCCUAG